AUGACCAGAUCAUCUACCAGUGAACUACUAGAUUUUGAUUCAGAAAUUGAUAGGACAUUUCAUAUUUUGUUGAGAAAUCAGAAGAUAGCAAAAACAACUUCAACAAGUAGCUUCCCAGUGACUGAAUUUAACAUGGAGAACAAACAAACACUUAGGGAGUUGGCUGCACCAGAUGUCUCUUAUAACUCAUUGUGCAUUCAAUAUCCAGAGUUGGAGGUGGAUUUUGAACUACGUUCAGGGCUCAUUCAUCUCCUUCCUAAAUUUAAUGGAUUAUCUGGUGAAGACCCUUCUAGGCACCUUCAUGAAUUUCAUGCAGUCUGCUCUACCAUGAAACCCCACGGUAUUGGGGAGGAAGAUAUUUAUCUGAGAGCUUUUCCAUUUUCAUUAGCAGGAGCAGCGAAGGAUUGGUUGUACUCUAGAACUCCCGGUACGAUUACAUGUUGGGUGGAUAUGAAAAGAUCAUUUUUGGAAAAAUUCUUUCCUGCUUCACGAGCAGGAGCUAUAAGGCGAGCAAUCUGUAGUGUCCAGCAACUUUCAGGGGAGACAUUGUAUGAGUAUUGGGAACAUUUUGAAAAGUUAUGUUCUAGCUGUCUCCAUCAUCAAAUCAGUGAUCAUUUGCUCAUACAGUAUUUCUAUGAGGGACUCCUGCCCAUGGAUAGAUGUAUGAUCGAUGCAGCAAGUGGGGGAGCGUUGGUGAAUAAAACACCUGCAGAGGCAAGAGAGAUCAUUUCUACUAUGGCAGCCAAUGCCCAACAGCUUGGGAAUCGACAAGCAUCUACUAAGGGAGUAAAUGGAGCCCAGUUAACUAAGUUAGAUGCUCAAGAUAUUAAGAAUAGCUUGUUACAGGAGAUGACUUCAGCAUUCAGGCAGUUGGCACUUAGCCAUUCACAGCAGCCCACAACCCAGGCAGUGCCAACAGCAAUGAUUUGUGGACUUUGUUUUUGUUCAUCUCACACUACUGACAUUUGCCCUUUGUUGCAGCAAGAGGGAAUUUCUUUUGUUUCCGACCACGUGGCAGCAGCAAAUAACUUUCAGCCCCGAUCUCAAUUUUACCAACAGCCAUCUGGGAAUAAACAGCCAUACGAUCCUUUUUCUACUACAUAUAAUCCCGGAUGGAGAGAUCACCCUAAUUUGAAAUAUGGGAAUCCAUAUCAGCAGCAGCCAUAUUAUCAGCAGCAGCCAUAUCAGCAUCCAUAUCAGCAGCAGCCAUAUCAGCAACUAUCUUCUUCAUCCCAGAGGCCAGCAGUGUGUCCAUCACUUCCUCAACUCCCUUACCGUCCAUCACAACUUCAAUUGCCCAAACCAGAACUUACCACACAAAAGCUGGAAGAGCUUAUACAACAGAUGCAGUUAAUGACAAGUAAUCAGCAGAACUUAGAGAGACAAAUUGGGCAGAUGGCGACAAGUAUCACUCAACUGCAGUCACAGGGAUCGGGCCAAUUACCAUCACAAAUAGUGCCAAACCCAAAAGGAAAUGUCAGUGCUAUUACACUUCGAAGUGGGAAAUCCACUGGGGAAGCAGAGCUCAUACCAUUAGCACCAGUUACGAAUUCAGUAAGUUUGGAGCAGGAAACUGAACAAUCUGGGCAUUUACCUUUUCCGCAGAGAUCUGUAGAAAUUGGGAAAAAGGAUGAUCGGAAGGCAGAGGAACUACGAGAGUUAGUGGAUACCUUCAGCAAAGUAGAAGUGAAUAUUCCAUUACUAAAAGUCAUUAAGCACAUUCCGAAGUAUGCAAAGUUUUUGAAAGACCUGUGUGUCAUAAGAGAAAACUAA